CUUCUCUCCACUGUACUUCUCACUGAUCAGAAACAACUAUCUGAAUGCAACUUCUACUUUUAAUAGUUUGCUCAUUUUGCAGUAAUUUUGACCCCAUUGUCAACAUUCAUCAUGAAUCAGCAUCAUGUCAGUGAAGGAUUUGAUCAGCCAUAAAUAAAAGUCUAGCUCACUUCCCCAUUCUCAAAUGUGAACAUAUUUGUCUCUGGGUUUAAAAGCAAUUUUCUCUUUUGCAUGUACAUGAAAGGAAAGGAGGGAUUUUCUUGGAGUUGGUUUGUUUGCCUGUUUGUUUCAACCAGUAGUCUUUAAUUGUUUGCUCAACUUUGUCUCAGAGCAAGGUCCUGACAGGCUGGAAUUCAACCUCAGGACAAAGUUCCACCAUACUACUAAAGACAACCAGUGGAUUCAGUUUUGAAGCUCCCUUCCCCUGGGUCUUUGAUUAUUUGGAUCAGUUGCUUCUGCAGUGGCAGCUUCUGUGCAGGUAUCAGGAACAAAAUUAUGGAGCCUCAAAGACAGAAUUUGAAGACAACACUGCCAUUGUGUUUAGGAAGAUACCACAUUUCUGAAGAGUAUGGCUUUCUUCUUCCAAAUCCUCUGAAAGAACUUCCUGAAUAUUACCAGCCCUGGAUGGAAAUUGCCAACAAGCUCCCUUACUUGAUUGAGAGUCACCAGCUUCGUGCUUGUGUAAACAAGCAGAUGCCCCUCCUCAGCUGCCACCUCCUGGAGGGCCACCGCCAGCUGCGCCUGGCCCACCUGGUUCUGAGCGCCGUUACCAUGGGCUACGUCUGGCAGGAGCGAGAGAAGCAGCCUGCGGAGGUACUGCCAAGAAGCCUUGCCAUUCCCAUGGUGGAAGUCUCCAAGAUCCUGGGGCUCCCACCCAUCUUGGCCCACUCUGACCUGGUGCUGACGAACUGGACUAAAAAAGACCCCAAAGGACCUCUGGAAAUCAGCAACCUGGAGACCAUUGUGUCACUUCCUGGGGGAGAAAGCCUGCGUGGCUUCGUGCUGGUGACAGUUCUGGUGGAAAAAGCAGCAGUGCCUGGAAUUAAGGCCCUAGCUCAAGCGAUCAGUGCCAUCCUGCAGUCCAACGAGGACACCCUGCUCAAAGCUCUGCAGCGCCUGAGACUCUCCAUCCAGGACAUCACCAGGACCUUGGGACAAAUGCACGAUUAUGUAGACCCAGACAUAUUUUAUGCAGUCAUCCGGAUAUUUCUCUCUGGAUGGAGCGAUAACCCAGCGAUGCCCAAGGGCCUGAUGUAUGAGGGAGUCUCCACGGAGCCGCUGAAGUGCUCUGGGGGGAGCGCUGCUCAGAGCACAGUGCUUCAUGCCUUCGACGAGUUCUUGGGUGUUUGUCAUAGCGAGGAAAGUGCUGAUUUUCUGUGCAGAAUGAGGGACUACAUGCCUCCCUCACAUAAGGCCUUCAUAGAGGAAAUCCACUCAGCUCCUUCACUGAGGGAUCACAUCCUGGACCGUGGCCAAGCCUGCUGUUUGGAAGCUUAUAACCUGUGUCUGGAGGCCCUGGUGGAGCUGCGCAGUUACCACAUCAUCAUCGUGACCAAGUACCUCAUCACAGCUGCAGCCAGAGCCAGGAGCAGGGGGGCAAGCCACCUCCCAGAACCGUCCCAGGCUUUGGAAAACAGAGGCACUGGUGGGUCUGUAGUUCUGAGCUUCCUGAAGAGUGUCAGGGAUCAGACCCAGAAGGCCAUCCUACCCCUCAGGGACUAAGGGGCCACCUUCUCCCCAGCAGUGCAGAGGCACCAGGAGGGGCCGAUGGCUGGGAGAAGAAGGGUUAGGGCUCUGCUUUGUAGAACAGAGUACUCUCCUUUGCUGAGAACUGUUGUCCUGAGAGCAGAGCGUAUGUGGCUGGAAACAUUCCUGUCCUAGCUCAUCACUCACUGCAAGGCAGCCAGCAGCUGUGGACACUUCCUGUUCAGAACCCUGCAGAGUAGCUGUAUCCCAUUCCCUGUUCCAGGUAAGAGAAAAGAAUCUAAAUUCCAAAAACCAAACAAAAUCGCCCAUGGACAGAUUACCUUGUUGAUAUUUUCAAAGAACAAAUUCACUUUACUAAGUUGCUCAAGUAUUAGAACAGGGCUUUCUUCAGCUCUAGCCCAGCCCUCUCUCUGUGCAAGUACUGAAUUUGGUGGAGGAAGUGGGGAAUGCACCGUGAAGAUGUGCAGGGAAGAGGAUGUUGACACUAAAAACUUGGAAGUCACAGUGAGAAAAUGAAUAGUUAAUGACAUGGGAACCCAGGAGACUUUCCCACAAAUUCUAUUGCAAAUUCUAUUUUAAUUCCCUUCUCUAUUUUUAGAAGAAUGUUUUGUUCUCCAUACACUGAAAGUCUGUACUUGUAAAAUGAAUUAAUUGACCCCUCAAAAGUAAAUGAGCCAAGUAGGAAUAUACAGUAAAUUCCCAUGUUUAAAUGUGCAAAUAAAUGUACCUAUUUUUAUCA